AUGUCCGAGGCUCAGGUGUACGUGCCCGAUGCCGACGCGGCGUGGGCGAGGGCCUCGGUGCUCAGCGCCGUCGCGGGCACGGUGUACGAGGUGCGCAUCGACGGCGUGGACGACAACGACGAGUCCGGCCAGAGUGACUGGGGAGCGGGGGAAGUGCGGAGGGUUGACUUAGCAGGCCCGGAAUUCGGGGUCAAGAGGAAAGGCGCGGCCGUCGAGAGCAGCCUGCCGCUGCAGAACCUCGGGUUGCCGGACAAUGGGGUGGAGGACAUGACGAGGCUCGACUACCUGCACGAGCCGGCCAUCCUGUUCAACCUCCGGAGACGUUUCUUUCGGGCGAUGCCGUACACCUACACCGGGGAGAUCGUCAUCGCGUGCAAUCCCUACCGGUGGCUAGAUUUAUACGGCGAGGAGCGGAGAAAGCAGUACGCUGGCAUGGUCCGGGGAGAGAGAUCUCGCCUUCCCCCCCACGUGUACUCUACCAGCGCUGUGGCGUUCGCGGGUCUCUCCAAGGACCGGGAGAACCAGAGCAUCCUCGUCAGCGGGGAGUCCGGUGCGGGAAAAACGGAGACCGUAAAGAUCCUCAUGGGGCAUCUCGCCGUUGCCAGCAGCGCUGUCUACGGAGAUGAGGGCGGGGGGGGCGUCGCGGCCGGCGGCGGGGAGGGUGGUGGUGGGAACGAUGACGUCAUUCGAAAGAUCAUCGAGUCCAACCCGCUGCUCGAGAGCUUCGGGAACGCGCAGACAACGCGCAACGACAACAGCAGUCGUUUCGGGAAGUUCACCCAGCUGCAGUUCGACGGGGGGUUCCGCAUGUCCGGGUCCGGGUGUACGACGUACCUGCUCGAGAAGAGCCGUGUCGUGGGCCACGAGCCUGGAGAGAGGGCUUACCACGUCUUUUACCAGAUUCUAGCCGCCCCCGAGGAGGCCAAGUCCAGGCUGGGCUUGGCGGGGAAGCUAGCCCUAGACUUCCGGUAUCUCACCGCCGACGGGAAGGAGGCGGACAGCGUUAUUGAGGGGAGGACGGACGCCCAGAGGUACGACAUGACGACGGCGGCGUUAGGUCUGAUCGGCGUCAGCGAGGAGGAGACGCUCGCUCUGUUCAGGGCUCUGGCGGGUGUUCUAUUUCUCGGCCAGGUGGACUUCGCCAAGCGCGGCGGAGACGAGGACAAGUCCGAGGUCGUCGACCAAGAGGCCCUCCUGCCCCCGUCCACCCUCCUCGGCUUCGACGGCCAAGGGCAAGAAGCGGGCGCGGCGGCGGCGGCGGCGGCGGCAACGCCCGGCGCGGCGCUGGACUCGUCCCUCUGCUACCGGACCAUCCGCGCCCGGAACGACGUCCUGCGCGCGGACAGCAGCCCGGCGCAGGCGGCCGACGCGCGAGACGCGAUGGCCAAGGCCAUCUACGGCGGGCUCUUUGAGUGGCUGGUUGAGCGCAUCAAUCGGAGCACCGCGUCUUCUGCUCCGGACGCCGAUGGUCCGGGCGGGGCGGGGGCGGGCGCAAAGACGAGGCACGCGGGCGAGGCCCUGGCGCCGGGCGGCACGGUAGCCCUCCUGGACAUCUUCGGUUUCGAGAGCUUUAAGGUCAACCGCUUCGAGCAGCUGUGCAUCAACUACGCGAACGAGAAGCUGCAGCAGAAGUUCACCCAGGACGUCUUCAAGAACGUGCAGGCGGAGUACGAGGAGGAGGGCAUCCCUUGGAGCCACGUCGACUUCUCGGACAACGCCGAGGUGUUGGGUUUGGUGGAGAGCAGGAUGGGCAUAAUCGCCGUGCUCAACGAGGAGUGCGUCCGGCCCCGGGGAGGCGACAACAGCUUUGUCAGCAAGCUGGCCACUCUCCAUGCGGACCAUUCGGCGUUCGCGAGGGCCAAGCUUGCCGGCCCUUUCGAGUUUUCCGUGGGGCAUUACCCCGGGGAGUUUUUGUACCACGCCGAAGGCUUCCUGGACAAGAACAGAGAUAGCUUGGGGGAGCCCUGCCGGGACUUGCUGGCCAAGAGUUGGGUCCCAUUGAUCGCCAAAGUAUUUGCUCCGGAUCCCGGCUCCGCGGAAGGGGACAGUGGGGGGGGCGGGGGGGCGCCACGAAAAAAGUCUUCGAUGGCCACCAACACCCUCGCAACAAAGUUCAAGGGCAGCUUGACAACGCUCAUGGACACGAUUGGACUCACUUCGGUGCAGUACGUGCGGUGCAUCAAGCCUAACGCGGCUAAGCUUCCCGGCCGGAUGGAAAACGCGAAGGUUGCGGAGCAGCUUCGGUGCGCCGGAGUCGUGGAGGCGAUCCGGAUAUCUAGGGCAGCGUACCCUAACCGCAUGGCGAGGACGGAUUUCAACAAGAGGUUUGCCCUCCUUGGUACGGGGGUCAGCAGAGGGGAGGGAGACAUGGCCACCUGCAAGUCUCUCCUAGGGAAGCUUCUACCGCGAGAAGGAGGAGAGGACGCCCCCCUCCGGUACGAGAUGGGGCGCAGCAAGGUCUACUUCCGUAAGGGAGCCCUGGAGCACCUAGAGUCCCUUCGGCUGGAGGAGCGGUCGUUGAGAGUGACGGUGCUGCAGGCGGUGGCGAGAAUGUUCCCCAGGAAGAAACGGUACAGGGACCUGAGGGAAGGCGCGGUGAGGGCGCAAGCGGAGUGGAGGAGGGUUGCGGAGAGGAGGCGGUUCCUGACGGCGAGGGGCCGGGUGAUCAGGGCUCAGAGUUGCUGGAGGAGGGUGAAGGCCGCCAAGGUGGUCCUGGCGAUGAGACGGCACAGGGCGGCGUCGUGCCUGCAGGCGUACCGGAGGAUGCUGGUCGCGCGAAGACGCUUCGCCGCCAUGCAAGGCGCGGCGGUGGCGGUGCAGACGUUCGUGCGAGGGGCGCAGGCCCGGCGCAACUACGCCGUACUGGUGGUGGAACACCGCGAGGCGGCGAAGCUGGAGAACCAGAUCCUGGCGUUGCAGAGGAAGCUCGACGAGGAGAGGAAGGCCCGCCUCAAGAUGGAAGAGGACCACAAGCAGUUUGCUCUCGAGGCGGCGGCGUCCAGGCAGCAGCAGCAGCAGCAGUCGGCGGCUUCCUCGAAGCCGGCGCUGCAACUCCCGGGGCCUCUCUCUCCGGAGGAAGCCGCCAAGAUGGCCCAGCAAGCACGGGGAGGACCAAGUCCCGCAACCGAUGGCGGCGGAGGCGUCCUAGACAUGGUCGGGGACGCGCCGAGGCUGUCGUCCAUACCGGGCAGGAGCGGGGACGGCGGCAAGUCAUCCUCUACGGGGUCGGCGGCAAGCGGCGGUGGCGGCGGCGGAGCGGGGGUCGCGGCUGCGGCGGCGGCGGGAGCGGGGUCGUUCAUGAAGGGGGCGAUGGGGUUCUUCAGCCCCACCACCCUGGCGAGGCACAAGAAGCAGCUGGAAGCCGAGGACAGACAGCGGAUGGAGGCCAGCCUCGACAUCAUGGGGGAGAGCAGCGAGAUCAUCAAAGCGCUCAACACGCAGGUGGAUAAGCUCCGCAAGGACAACGACAACCUGAAGAAGAGCAACGAGUCUCUCCGGAGGGACCGGCAGUACGAGAAGCAGAAGGCCCUGAACUCGUACGAGGCGAGCGGGAUGUCCUACCACGCCCUCAACCAGACGGUCAAGGCGCUGUCGUCGAGCAAGAAGAAACUCACCGCCGAGGUGAAGCACCUUCAGACGGUGCACGCGGAGGACAGCAAGGCGAUGCUGGAGAUCAUCCAGAGCAAGGGGGAGGAGCUGCUGCGGAGGGAGGAGGAGGGGAAGACGAUGAGGCUGCUGUACGAGAGCGAGGUGACCAAGGGCAAGAACCGGCAGCACAAGAUGGAGGCCAUGCUGCGCUUGCUCGCGGAGACAUCCGCUCCCAUCGAGGACGCGGAGAAGGACGAGCUGUUGCACCACAUGAGCAGCAUGUACAAGGAGUGCGUUCUCGAAGAUCCCAACGUGGUCGACGAAGUGGACACCAUGAUGUACAGCAUGGGCAUGGGACAGGUGUCGGCGAAGGCUACCUCCGCCCUGUCCAGCGCGAAGGCCUGGUUCACCGGCAAGAAGUCAACAGAUCUCUUCAUCUGAUUCAAUGGAUCUCUUUGAUCAAGUGGUCCGAUUCGGUUUUACUCGGUAAAGCCAGCUUGUUCGUGUAGUUGAUGCGAGGUAUCUCCGUGAGGAGCUCGUUAUUUGUGUGCGGCUGAUGGCUAAUAUCGAUUGCAACCAGGGGCUCCGCUCGGUCUGGUGCCCUAGAAAUGCUGGUAUUGUGUGGCCGAUUGUGGUCAAGCCCGGCAGGCCUCCUACUUACUUGUAAACCGGUUGAUAAAUUUCCUACAGCAGUAGCAGUAGCAGCAGCUAUUUUAUUAGUUGGCCGCGUUGCCGGUGGCUUGUUGUCCCGCCCUGUGUUAUAGCACUACUUCUGCUGUUUUUGCUAUCGUGCGAUGGGCCGGUGUAUCUGUGGGUGUGCCCUCAGUUUGUGACAUGGGGGGUUUUGCCCGAUGUAUCACGUUGAUUUUCUCCCGGUGGUGUGGCCCGCUGCGGCAGCUAGCGCUAGGUAGCCUGAACGUCUGGUUUUUGAAGAAUGUUUGACAGGUUUAAGCCGACAAGUGUUAUUGGUUCGUUCGUUCGACGUGGUGUGCUUUGGAUUGACGUCAACGUGGCGGCGUAGCUCGCGGGCACCUUGCUGUACAACGUUGCCUGGUGUAGUUUCCCCGUGGCGACUUUCUAUCUUUUCGGAUGCAUCACGUAUUACGUUGUUUCUCAGCCGUUUUCAUGCACGCUCAUCAGAGUCCCGCUCUUGACGAUUGACUCUCUCUCGCCACCCCGUUUGUGACCGAACAAUGCCACCGGUCGUAGUUGGAAGGGAGGGAGCAUGCUUACCUCUCGAGUGCGAGACGUCGCAAGUGGUCAUUCCUUUUUCUCUCGGAGCGUGGGAUUUGCUCGUGGGUGGACUCUUGUCGGAGGUUGGGCCGUUGCUCGAGGAAUGUGGACGUGUUUCAUUCGAAGAGUUGGUUGGCGGUGUUUGCUGACGGAACUGGCGAAGCGGCUCGAUAGAGUACCCAUCUCGGGGUGUUGUCGCUCUCUUGUUCGUGUCCCCGCUGUUUUAUUGUUCGGCAAGGAGGUGUAGUUUGGGCCCUUUCUGCGUCUUUGUUGGCCUCCUGCCUUGUUAAGCGCUCGCGCCAGCUGUGCUCCGCUGUGUGCCGGGUACAUAGUUUAGUCGCUUUUGAAGGCCGCAGGAACUCCCAUUUGUUGAUUGAUUAUAUAUUCCCGUUUAUUUUUCUUUGGUUGUUGUGUACUUUAGCCGUGUACCAGCUUUGUCUUUGGAGUAUGAUCACUUUGAACUCUUUUCCGUGGUGUAUCAUCUAGCGAUCGUCUUCAGAGGGGAUUUUUGUUGCAUGUUCAAGCGUUUAGCGAUGAUGGGUUGGGUCGAUGUUGGAGACGUGAUGUAGCGCUCCCCAUUGUC